GGGUAGCUUAGUUCUCGCGGGAAAAAAUAGCAUUGAGGAGGGAAUGUUGUUAAGUACAGGUAUCGUGAUGUUUGUGUAGUGUGUUUACAUGCAUUGGAACAAUAUAAAUUUGUGUUUUAUUUGUGCUAACGUUCUUCACUGGUAUAUAUGAAAUAUAUUUUUUAAUAGUCUUUUUAUAUUUUGUUUAAGAUGGCUACAACAGAUGUAUCUAAUGAUGAUAGCCUUUGGAACCAGAGUGUUUGUAAUAAAAGUUGGGCAGACAUAAUGGCUGAAGAAGAAGAUAGAUUAGCCAAAUCUAGUAACAGCCCCUUACUGAGGGAUUCUACUAAUUUUAAGGGAGGUUCUGUCAAAAUCAAGGAAGAACCUCUUGAUGAAAAUGCUUGUGAUAUUCCUUUAAAUGGGGCGAGAGCUAUAAAAAUUGAACCUAAUGAACUUCUGCCAAACUUUUCUCUAUCGUAUGUCAAAACUGAACCUGCUUCACCCUCAUCUGUAAAGGAAAAUAAAGUCAAUAAAGGUGGACAGCCUAAGGAUUUUCUCCAAGAAGAUUUAAGUUUGACUAGCCACUUGAAUGGUUUCCAGCUUGUUAGCCCUUGUAAAACUGAACCUAAAACGCCUACUAAAACUCCAUCCAAAAAUUCUAUAUCUUAUUUCUUAAGAUCAGAUAAAAAAGAUUCAAGCUCUGAUACAAAGGUUAUCAAAAGGAAACUGCAGACAGAUGGUGGUAGUAAUGAAAUCAGUGAUGAGAUGCUUAUGCCUAGUCCUAGUAAAAUUAGGAGACAAAACACUCCAAUGAAAACACCAAGUGAUAAACUACUUAAUCGUAAAAGGAGUCGAGAAAUAACACCUGGAAAAAGAAGCUCAGAAAAAAAAACACCCCGAGAAAUAGAAACUGAUCCAGAUGUUUUGGCUAGAAGGCAGAAGCAAAUUGACUAUGGUAAAAAUACUAUUGGGUAUGACAGAUAUCGGCAGUUGGUUCCAAAGGAAGCAAGAAAAAAAAUGCACCCCAGAACACCACCAUUACAUCUAAAAUUUAGUCGGCGUGCAUGGGAUGGUCUAAUCAAAGUUUGGAGACAAAGGCUUCAUUUUUGGGAUCCUCCUUCAGAAGGUGGUGGAAACCCUGCAUGCCUUGAGGGAUCUAGUGAUUUAUCAGAUACCUCAAGUACAGAAGGAUCUCUACCAAAUACUCCAGUACAGGACAAGAAGCGCCAAGACAGGAAAAAAUCUUGGAUUGCAGUAGAGCGUGGAUCAAGGCAAUCAAACCAACCUCAUGAUGAUGAUGACGAUGACGAUGACCAGGGAUGCACACCUUUACCUCUUGAAGAAAAAUUGCCUUGAAGGACAGUUUAAUUUAAAGGUCUACUGUGUGGUGGACUUAACUAUCAUGUAACAUGGUAUGACAAUAAUUUGGCCUAUUUGGGGCUUUCACAUUUUAUUAAAAUAAUUUCUUUAAGAAAUAUCUUAAAUAUACUUAAAGUAAUGUAUACUUAUUGAAUAGGGUAGAUAUUUUUUCACCUGUAAUAUAAAUAGUUUAAAUAUUUUUAUAGAUUUAGACUGUUGAACUUAUACAAUUGUAAACACUAAUUAAUAUAAUCUUAUUAUUUUGGACUAAAUUUUUUUUUUCUGUUUUAAUAAGGAUGAUUUUGUAGUGUAUUUUUUAGAUAAUGACUGGGAAGUUAAACCCUUAAUUUAUAAAAUUGAUUCAAAUGUACCUAAUAUAUACUUGGUAUAUAUAAUAUUGUAUAUUUUGUGCAAUAACUAAUCCCUCUGGUUUGUUCCAUAAUGUUUUAAGAAUAUGUUUUAUUAUUCUGUUCCUCAAAAACUAUUUUUGUUUAAAUCAGCACUCAUGUUACAAUAAACAAGAAAUUAUUUAUAAGUUAUUAAUUAAAUACUGUAUUAUUUGUACAUGAUAUUUUGAUAAAACAUAUAUUAUAGUAAAUUUAUCUCAGAGCAGAAUUUCGUAAAAGAUCCAGUAUCGUAUCUAGUUUUUCAUUUUGUUUUUCUUCUAGUUCUUUUAUCUGUUUUUGAAAGUUCUGUUGUAAUUUGUCCUCCAUUUUCUGUAGACUUUCAUCAACAUAAUUUUUAAAAGUCGAGAAAUUUGGAUCUUCAGAGCUAGAAUUCACAUCAUAAUGAGAAUUUUUAUUUUGUGAUCCAUUACUGUCUUGAUUUUUUAAAGAUGAAGAUAUGCGACCCGACAAAUAAUCAGAUAUACUUUUAUUAGUUUCCCUAUCCAGUUUUAAAUUUCCUAUACAUCCUCCUUCCAUGAAUUUUAACAACAUUUGGGGAUCCAUGCCUGUUGUGGUGUACUUAUUCGCAGCAUAUUCCUGUAAAAACUUCUUAAAUUUCUCAGCCUUUUCAGUUAUAGCAACAUUUGAAGAUUGGAGCUUUUCAUCAAUCAGGUUAUAAUCAAAUGUACAUGAUUGUAAUGAAAUUUUUUGCACUAUCAAUUUAACUCCAUACAACCAAAAUUCUCUCUUCAAUCCUGGGAACUAAAACAAAAAAGCUGACAUUAUUUAUCCAAUAAUUUUUAAAAGUGGCAUCUAUUUUAAAAAUUGACAUUCUAACUCUGUACAUAAAUAUAUAAUAUAUGAAGACUAUUUGAAAUCUAACUAUUAAGUAUACAAUUAAGUACAAGUACACAAUUACCACAUAAAGUUCUUCUAGUUCUUUGAAAUGUGUCAAAUCAAUAACUUCUCAGUAUAGGAAAAAAUUAGUUUUUUAAAUUGAGGUUAACGUUUUCUUUUCUGCAUAUUAUGCAUUUUAUAUAAUUUCGCUAGAACUCUAAAUAUUGUACUUGUUAAACAUAUUAGUAAAUAUGUUUUAAUUUAAUAACAAAAUGAUUUUUACAGGAUUAAAUAGAGAGCAUAAGGACUUGAUUCUGUUCACUUCAUUUCAAACAUCUGCGCAUUUUAUUUUAAAAGAUAGUUUGAAUUUGCUAACUUAUAGGUGAACGUUGUCAUUAAUUUUAUCCUAAAUCUCAGUCUACUUAAUCUACAAAAUCUACCCAAAAAAAAUUAUCUGGAUGACUUUGAUAAAUUGUAUAUAUAUGCCUUUAAUUUUCUAAAAGUUCUUAAUUUAUUACAAAUUUUUUAUGAACUUGUGCAGUCAAAGCAGUAUAAAUAUGACAAAGAAAAAUCUAAAACCUAUCAAAAAGAAGAAUGUGAACAGUAAAAGAUUUAUUCUACAGCAAAGUACUGCAGGAGUAAUUUUGUUAUAUGAAAGUUCCAAAGUUUUUAAUAAUUAUGAUAAAGUAAUCAGUGAUGUUAAAUAUUUUAAAUUUUAGGAAAGCUGUUAUUUUGAAUAUAUUAUAUAUGUAAUCAAUAGUAUGUUAUGUACAUAUUUUAUAAUUAAAAUUAUACAUUUCAAGGACUGUUUUUUAUUAAGACGCCAUGCUUUUAUAUGUUGCCAGUAAAUAAAUAAUAUGUUGCUCAAUAUCUUAACUUAACCUUAACUAUAGACAAGGAUUUACCAUAUAAGAUGAACAGAGCAAUUACGUUUUUAUUAAAAGUGUUGGCUGUAAUUCUCAUGACAGGCUUAAAUCUAACAAUGGAUAUAUUUAAUAAAAAAUACUUGUAGGCUAGAAAUAAUUUGAAGUUCUAGAUUAUCUAAAUACACAACUAAGAAUAAUAAAGUUGUUGCUUUAUAAAUGAAAUUUUACAAUGAAGUGGUAAUCAGACUUAAAGGCGUAUUUCUGUUGUUGCUACCAUAAUCAAGUUAAACUGUUCAUUACUUCCACUUUUUUAAUUUUAUAUGUUUACAACAUAUAAACAAAUUAUGGUUAUUUUUUAUAUUAAGUGUUUGCAAAUUAAAUUGAAUGGAAAUAACAUUAAAUUUCCAAUUGAGCUUUUGCAGAGUCACAAAUAUACAAGAAGGUGAACAGCUGUAAUACUAUUCGUCUUCUUCCAUGGCUCUACAACCCGCAAGGGGUCAUUGCUGCCUGAAGUAAUGUCCGCUAUUAUUCUUGAUUCCGAGAAGCCAAUCUUCAGUCCCGGAUCCCCAGAAUGGUACGUGCAUCCUUAUUCGCCCUCACCUUCUGGUGGGUGUGAAUUUCUUCUUUAAGGAACCUCUUUGGUAUUGAGUCGGCAUUCAUCCUGGCCACAUGCCCAGCUAACCUGAGCCGGCCAACCCUGUUGAAGCGCACUGCAUUGCAGUCCUUGUACAGUUCAGAUAUUUCGGCGUUUGUCCUGAUCCGCCAGGCUAGCUCAUGGGCAUCAAAAGUCCCUCCGAGAAUUCUUCUUAAUACCUUUCUUUCAAAUAGGAGGAGUUGAUUUUCCUGGGCUUUGGAUAAAGUCGAGCAUUCAGAUCCAUAUUUCAGCAGUGACCUAGUCAGGGUUUUGUACAAACGUAAUUUAGUUGUGCGAGACAAUAAUUUACUUUUCAUCAGUCUGACUAGUCCGAAUUAACAUUUGUUAGCAUUAUUCUUCUUUGGAUGUUCUUUCCUGUGUCGUUAUUCUGAGUUAUUAAGGAGCCAAGGUAUAUAAAUUCUUCGACUCUCAAAUGAACAUCCGUUCGUAGCUGUAAUACUAUGAUAAAUAUUAAUGUGCCUCAUACCUACAGAAUAUUUUUUUAAAAUCAUAUUUGUUUAUAUAUUCUAGUUUUGUUAUAAAUACAGGAAAAUCAAAUGAGUGGAAAGGAUGUGUUCAAGUCCUUUUGCAAAAAAAAUGUUUUUGGCUUUAAGACUUGUCAAACCAAGUCCUAUUUUGCCAAUAUAUUACUUUAAUUGUCACUGUAAGAUAAUAUUUAACUGGACAUGAACUGUUCAAUGAUUAUUGAAUAACACUCACAAC